AUGGAGGGCAUUCAGAGCAUUGACGGAAAAAGAGAAGAAGUCUCGAAACUUCUAGGGGAAUCUAAACUCGAUGAGAGCUUGUACCUUCUGAAGGAGGACGAGGCCGCGUUCUUCAAGUCGCAGACGGGAAUACAGGAUGAUGAGGCCCUGAAGCAGCAUAUCAUUAGUGUGCAGACUGAAGCAUACAAGGUCUAUCCGUAUCCCUGUAUCCGGAUGUUCGCGUUUACUUCAUCUCAAGGCUACCCGGGUAUAGCCAGCUUUUAA